CGCAACGGCCUCAUCAGAAAAUCUCGUUCUUUCAAGUGUUAGUCGGACACUUUCACUUGGCCGUUGGACAGACCUCGCAGACAUGUCGAAUAACAGCGCAAACAGCAGCAACUUGGUUAUCGCUCAGAAGGUGGUAAAACAACUUCGCCUAGAGGCGAGUGUUCGCAGGAUCAAGGUGUCCCAGGCAGCAGCGGACCUGAAGACCUUCUGCCUGCAGAACGCCCAUAAAGACCCUCUCCUCAUGGGGGUGCCCUCCAGCGACAACCCCUUCAGACCCCCCAAGUCCUGCGCCCUCUUCUGAGGCAAUGGUGAUGAUGGAGGCUUGUAAAACACGUCUGAACAUUCCCUAAGGAUGCCUUUCAAUUCCAAGCCCCUUGGCGUCUCCUACACCCUUCCCCACUACGUCCAGUCAUUGAAGACCUCAAGGCCAGAACACAAUCACAAGCAUUAAUCCUAUGCUGAGUGAGUUUUGUCAUGUGUUCUGUUCUGUUCUACAGCUCAAUAAGGAUAACAUUUGCAGUCCUUUCUGUGUUGAGAUCAUUAGAAUGAAAGCACUCCUCAAAGUAUAAAUAUGGCAGUCUCAACCCCAACUCUCCCUGUAGUCUCUACCUUUUGUUACUUUUAUUUUACUCAAAGUGAAAUUUAACCGUAUUAGGUUUUACACAUUGUUGUUGGUGAGUCUUUUUAAGUGGUUGAUCCAGUGCCAUUACAUGAGUAUAGCCUACCGUAUCAUUGUUGUGAAGCUAUGUUCAACACACUACAGGAUAUUACAUGAGUAUAGCCUACCGUAUCAUUGUUGUGAAGCUAUGUUCAACACA